GACACUUACCGUGAUGAGGCAAAACACGCAGAGCAGAGCCAUGAGACAACGCAAACAGAGCAGAGCAUGAGCCAGCACUGACCCCGGGACACGCUGCACCGGGACACGCUGCACCGGGACACACUGCACCGGGAUAGGGCUGAACGAGCGGGGACCGGAGGACACUGAACCAGAGUUGACCGGAGGGCAACUUUUGGUCUGGAAUCCCAAGUGGACUUCUCAUUUGUCCUAAUAAGGCGCUUCCUGGAGCAGUGGCGGGACAGACUUCUCUGAGUGGUCCUCCAGCCCCACGGGCCUACUCUAGACCUGCUUCCGAACUGUUCAUCCAAGCCACGUCCAGAUCUGAUCCCAGUGAAGACUAGCCAAUCCCAGAACCAUGGCUCUGGCUGUGCUCCUCUUCCUCCUGUGUUGUGAGCUGACUGACUCUCGACCCUCGCGACCUGUCCCUUCCUCCUGCACUGUGAUCCAGAUGAAGGUGUUCUGCAGUGACUUGGCCCUCCACAGCGCUCCCCAGGACCUUCCUCAGGACAUUCACACCUUGGACCUAUCGUGCAACCAGCUGCAGAACCUCAGCCAGGAGAGCCUUGCUUUCCACACCAACCUGCACCACCUCAACCUCCACGGCAACAAGAUUCACUUCAUCCAGCCUGGCCUAUUUGCGGGCAUGACCCAGCUCAAAAUCCUGGAUCUAUCCCGCAAUCACCUUAAUGCCUUCGCCGUACACAAAACCCAAAUCGGACCCCUCGGUACUAUCGAGUCAUUGGAUCUAUCUAGCAAUGGAUUAUACACUGGUAUGACAGACUAUUUCCUGAAUGACUCUCCAUUGUUGGUCAAUCUUUCUCUAAGUGGUAACAGCAUCACAAAAAUAUCCAGUGAUGCCUUCCGAGGAUCCUUAUCUUUAAGGAACGUCAACCUUCACAACAAUGUCAUCAUGGAGAUUGAAGAUGGUGCCUUUGACCUGCUGGACCACUUAUCAGAUCUUGACUUGUCCAAGAAUUCCAUCAACUGCAUCACAGACUUCAACCUUUACAACCUAAGGAGCCUCAACCUUAGCCAAAACAGCUUAGAAACCUUCCAGAGCUCACCAUCCGAUGAGAUCUAUCAACUGCUUUCCCUCGACUUGAGCCAAAACAAACUGCCACUUCUACCACUGAUUCCCAGAAAGAACAAGCUGGAAUAUUUAGACAUAUCUCGAAAUCAAAUUCAAGGCGUUAAUGUCACAGGAAGUUACAGUGGACAGAUUUUCUUCCUGUGUACAUGCCUAGUUCCAGCUCCCAGUUUAACCAAGCACCACACAUGUUUCUAUCACUUACGAUACCUGGAUAUGAGCUACAAUAACUUCCAAAGCUUACCUGAAUCUCUUUUCUACACAAUGAUGUCACUGGAAGUCCUGAAUGUUAGCAACAACUGUAUAACAUCUUUCUCCCUUUCUCGCGAUCUUUUGCCCAAAGUUCGCAUUCUUAACCUUAGUGAAAACUUCUUACAAACAUUUCAGAUUACCCCAGAAACCCUACCGUCACUUGAAGAACUGUAUCUGAACAGAAAUAGUCUUACCACCUUGGGUUUUCAGACCUUCAAGAGUCUCCCCAAUCUCAGGGUACUACACCUCCAGGAGAACAAUAUCCACAUUUGCCCACACAACAUCUUAGACAAUUCUGAAUCUUGUGUUUCAUUUGAGUCCAUUCCCAAUUUGGAGUAUCUCGACCUUUCGGAAAACAACCUUCAGAGAAUUCCAUCCGGCGCUUUCAGGAACACUCCCCUAAAGCAUCUAGAUCUUUCCCUCAACCCUGGUUUGGUCUUGCAUCGAGACUCCUUUUCUGGACUGGAGAACUCUUUGGUACAUCUCUUUUUGAAGGAAAACAACAUAACUGCACUAAAUUCUGACUUGUCUUUGCUUACAAACUUGAAGUACGUAGAUUUGUCCACCAACCAACUCACCACUCUCCCCAUGUGGAACCGGGAAUCCUCCAUUGAGUCCCUGAACCUUCAGAACAACAACCUGGUGACUUUAGACUACAGCACAGUUCUUGCUUUGGAACGUUCUCUGAAGACCCUUUACGUGGGCUCCAACCCUCUCAGCUGCUGUUCCAAUCUACCGUUCCUAAACAUGCUCCAGCACUCGGCCGUGGUGGUGCCAGACAUCGAAGCCGUCACCUGCGUCUACCUGGAGGACUCAGAGCCUGUGAACAUUGAGAAGGUGACCCAGGAAAUGUGCGAAAACCUUCAGAACGGAAGCGUCAACGUGAUCAUGAUAGUGGUGGUCGCGCUGGUGCUAAUCAUCAUGCUAAUACUGCUGAUUAAGUGCUGCCAGUCAAGGAAGCGCAAGAGGAAUCGGAGUUACAGGGCGUAGCAUUUAAUUAAUGUAAAGACUUUUACUAUUUGGAUAUAAUACCUGAUUUUCACUUAUUUACUCACCAUGGCACUUUUUGGAACCACUUUUUAUAAAGAGACUGCUUUUUUUUUUUUUUUAAUGGAGCCUAUAUUAAUGAAUGAAGUAAGAAGCACUAACAAUGAAGGAUCUACAGAAAAAACACAUCAAAUGAAGUUGAUGUGAACGAUGGAAGGAAGGCAGGGGAGGGGGACUUUGCAGUGAUCUCCCUCUUAAAGCCACUAACCAUUCCUUUGAAGAUAGUGAGGUACAGAUCUCAGAGAGGGGCGUUAAGGAAGCAAUUUUUGUUAGGAAAGACAAUCCAUCUUUGAACAGGAAUGGGGGCUUAGACAUUAUUUAUCUUCUAUUUAUAACUCCAUCCUCAGACCUAAACAAUAGGGCUAGUCAGUAUGCCAAUAGGUGUGAGCACACCCAUUAAGGGCCUGAAUGAUUAUACUAAAUAUGACUCAGGCACAGUUCACACUUAAGGUAGCUCAUUAGAUCUUGCCAAUACACAGAAACUGUAAACAACAGGUGUGUGUGAGACGCUUUGCAGUGAUGUCACACUGGGAGGUUUCUGCUUGUCUGUAGAGAAAUGUUCAGUGCCAGUACUAUGGUGACACAAAACCCACAUUAGCAAACACUGCCAAAGACGUUUUUAGAAAACAAGCAUCCUGUUUGGGUGUGUCGUAACGGCUAGUGCGGGUGCGGACCAAGGAGUGCAGACUCAGGACAAGUUGACAGUGUUUAUUUACAAAAUGGAGAAUUUCAGUUUUUAAUAGUUCAUUUAACACACACGGGGAGCCAGGGAGCGGGAGGCGACCAGACGGGCGUAGUGCAGAGCGGAGACGGGAAAGCCAGGACCAGAGCGAAGACAGGAUCGGGACGAGACCGGGGCAGGCCGAGCUGGCGAAGUCCAGAGAGCGGGAGCCAGGGCAGGAGGCGAGAGGCAGCCGGAGACCGAGACGGAACAGGAGGCAAGACAGAGGGGUGACUGUACCGGAGCUCGAGCGCAGAGACAGGAGCAGGAACGAGCGAGAGCAGGGAUCUGGAUGGUGGCAAAAAGGUCCAAUGAGUAACAGGCAGACAGGCAACAAAAUACAAAAACUAAGCUGGAACAUUCACGUUAACACGCGGACGGUCUGCCUCCGAGUGUCUUCUGCCGAGCCCUCAUAUACUCGACAGUAGGUGAAGGUAAUUGCGCUGAUGCGCACCAGGUGCGUGCGGGAGGAGUCAGGAACUCUGCCCAGCUCCGGGCAGACAGGUAGGGGAGGGAGAGAGAACACAGGAGGACAGGAAAUGCAGGCAUCAUGACAGGGUGUUUGAUUUUCAAUUACAAAAAAGAUGAAAGUGACUAAAAACUGUUGGCUAAUGCUAGUUAGCUUGUGACUGUAAUGUGUUUUAGAGAGACAUCCAAAUCUGCUCACCUGCUGUAGUUCCAACUAAAUCAGUUCUUUAUGGUCAGAUUGUUUUAAAGCAACGCUCAGAUUAAAGUUUAACUUGAGUUAUAGGUUCAGGCAGAGCAGUGCCUCCAGUUAGCAUGAAUGGAGGAGAAUGUUGAAUGUUGAGAUAUAAUGUUGAUGACACCAGCUGCAAAGUAUCAGUGAGUAAUUAUCAUGUUCAUCUCUUUAUAUUAGAGGUGAUUAAGUUUCCACAUUGGUCAGUAGUUUUUUAUAUUGACAGGGAGAACAUUAAACUUUUUUUGUUUCAUGUGGAUAAUGUCACAUAAUAGGUCGAUAAUAGACCAGAACAGACAUUUGGAUUCUGACAGCUACAAGACCAAAUUUACAUAGGAUUCUGACCAGCUCUCCAACUCCAUUUAAGACUAUAGGCUUUUUGAAAGAUGUGAUGUCAUGUAAACUCUACUGACGUAAUGAAGAUUGCUGAUGUAAAAUGUACUGUACACUGUGAAUGCUGUAGAACUGUCACAGCGGACCUUCCCAUGUGACUACCAUUCAAUAGAAAUUAAGGAGCAGAAGUUUUAUUAUUAAUAGCCUCAUUAUAAUGCAGGUUUUAUCAGUGUGCUGUGUUCAGGAGCAACCAGGGAAUUACAACUGUGCUUUGUUUGCCUCAUGCAAAUGUAGUCAAUUUCCUUUCAAUUGUGUGUUUUGUGAGUCCAGACAAAUAUUUUGAACCAAAUAUUUGGUCAGACAUUCCAAAUAUAUCAGCACUAUGCGAGAAAAGACAAUCUUCAGCAAUGUACAAUAUAUUUUUUAUAUUUACUCAAGUUGUGCCAAAUACUAAACCAGGAAGUGGAAUGUCAUUUUGUAAUUAUUAUUUAUUUACUUUUUGAAAUUACGAUUGACUCAUGAGUUUUUGAAUAUUUACUCACCACACAUUUUUGUUUCAGUUCCUAAAACAAAUAAGGACAUAGUUUCAUCAUCUUGCUUUAGCUAAUGCUGUUUUUUUCCAUGUAAUGUGCAGCCUUCAUUCAAAUGUACACUGUUUAAGUAUAACCACGCAUAAAAUAUUUUUGUUUUGGUUUUUCAUUUUAUUUUUGCGUAAUUUGAGAUAAAUUCACUUAAAGGUCAACUAUAUAAUAUUUCUGGUGGAGGGUCUACCAUCAGCUUGUGUCCAUGGAGAUUUUAUGGCUUUUUCUGGACUAUUCCACAGUAUGGCAUUAUAUUUACUUAUUCACCUUAUUCCGGAAGUUGCCGUGGGUGCCACUAUUGUCAUUGGGGUUGUAUUAUUUUUCAUGGGGCUGCCGAUCUUGACAGUAAAUACGUUCUACACAGACUAUAGAGCCGUUUUAAAGCCUCCAGAGAAUCGGUGCAGUGUUGACUUGUUGGUCACAUGAACAUUUACACAAAUCAGCUUACUUUAUUUCUGAUUUUAGUAGCAAAACUUUUCUCAGAUUCUCCAUUGAAAUGAAUAGGAUCCCACUUAACUGGAAGUGCCACCACAAACAAAGCACGGUUUAGUAUCGUUUAGAGGCAAAAGUGCACAGGAUGGAAAAAGAUGAAUAUCGAGGAGGACAAGCAGGUGAGAUGACCAGGCCAAGUUACAGGUGGAUUCUGUAGGGAGGCGACAUGGCUCAGAAUGCAUGUCUUUCAAGUUUCUUCUUUUUCUAUCAAUAGAAACACCUGUCAUUUAAUAGACAAGGGCUACCCUCCACCAGAAAAAAUACAUAAUGCCUCUUUAAACAUACAGCAGUUAAGCAGCUGAUAAAUGUGAAACACACAUAACACUAUAACAGAUUAAUCUGACUGAAUACGCAUUGAACCAUCAACCACAAAUUAUAAAGCUGCAUAUGAGGCUAAAGUGAGCACUACAUGAAUGUUUGUGAAUUAUGAAUUCUACAUGAGACUGCACUUUAACCUUGUGUAACACUAAAAUGAAGGCUAUUUGAAUAUCUUGUAUAUUUUUGUAUUGUGUUGAGUUGGCUGUUUGCAUGGACACCUUGGAGCCAGCUGCUGCAAUAAAUGUAUACUUUGGAAAUAUUUUUUUAUAUGUGAGUUCUUUUGACAGUUAGAGGGGGUAUUCCUUAUUCUUGAUGAGGUUUUAGAUAUCAUCCAUGCAUGUUUGAGUAUUUUAGCAAUCUCUCCCAGGCCGAAUUUGAACUUAGGACCCCACGACUCCUGUACAAGACUCAGCCCAGAAGUCUAUGUCACCCAUGCUCCCGAAUGGCAAUUUUUCAUAAAUGUACAAAAGCAGGUUACAAAACAAUUCACUACAACUUGACAAACCCGAUGUGAUGUACAUUAGCGGU